AGAUCCACAAUCGAAUCUUUCACAAACUUCAAAACUCUCAGAACUUGAAAUUUCAGUCUCCGUCUCUUGCGGUUAAAUCGAUUGAUAUACCUGUUCUUUAACGAAACAAAUAAAUCAUUCAAAAUGAAGUAUCUCGCUGCAUACCUCCUCCUCACCAUCGGUGGAAAGGCUUCCCCUUCCGCUAAGGACAUCACCACCGUUCUCGAGUCCGUUGGAAUUGAGAUCGACCAAGAGCGUCUCGAUACUCUCAUCAAGGAGCUUGACGGAAAGGACAUCAACGAGUUGAUCGCUGAGGGUUCCUCCAAGUUGGCAUCCGUCCCAUCUGGUGGUGCCGGUGCUGCCCCAGCUGCUGGUGGAGCUGCCGCUUCCGGUGGUGCCGCUGCUGAGGAGAAGGUUGAGGAGAAGGCUGAGGAGAAGGAGGAGUCCGACGAGGACAUGGGUUUCGGUCUUUUCGAUUAAGCAGUCAAUUGACUUCCCCACGUACUCGACGCUCUCGACUUACCGGAACAUCAUUUCGAGAUUUCUGGGAGAAAUCGUGCGGGCUUCGCCCAUUAUUUGCACACCAUUUGGGAUGGAUUGUAUCUCGCAAAGAAUCCCAUGACAAGCAUAUAUUCAUGCAAAAUAGAGCAAUAAAGACGUGAUUCUUCAAACAACAGCAGCAUUUUUAGCAGUAUAAAUAGUUACAUGGUGUGAUGUGUUGUGAUUUGCCGUCAUUUAUUAAUAUGAAAUGUAAAUG